CAGUGAUAGGGCUGCCUGCUCGAGUCUUGCCUUGUUACUGAAUGUAAAGUAAAUUCCUCCUCCUCGAUUACUCACAUGUAGCUUUCUUGGCAAAACGAAAAAACUGCUGAAGGAAAACAGCUUCUCUCAGACCUCCAACGGGAUCUAAAUGCAAACAUAUUUAUUUGCCAACUAGUUAUAGCUUUUGUUUUUCUGGAAAAGCAUAGGCUACAUGUGUAUGUAUUUUGAUAUAAUCUAAACUGCUCUAACACCAACUUGGACACUGCAUUUGAGUUCAAUGACAAACUGACAAGGAGGCAACUACAUGGAGAUGCACGCGCCUACAUUCUCACAGACGCUGUUGUGUUCUUGAUUUGUUCUCUUCCUUCGAUUCGUGUGGAAAUCAUUUUGGUACAGUUGAUGAUUUCCAAUAGAAGUAGUGUCAGUGUUCAUUGAUCGAGUUAGUAUUGGUCGGCAAAGGACUAAUUCAUUCGUUUACUAAUGCCCUGCUAAAUGUUUUAAUCCAAAUACCUCUGAAGAAAUAGGAGGGACCAGUAGCAGACCCAUGCAGGGCUUCGAUAGUUGAUUUGAGGAAAACACGUAUAACAUCAUCCCGUCUCCGGCAACGAUGCUUUUCCACGGCCUCACUGGAGGCGAAAUGCACAUUGUUGUGGAAGAAAUGGACCGGAGAGGAAAGAGUGAAUCCGCAGCUAUCAGUUCGGCCAUAGAUAUGGAAGAAUCUGAAACGAACAUGUCGUGCAUGAACAGCGACAGGGUGUCUUUGUGCGCGGGCUGCGGCGGGAAGAUCGCUGACCGCUACUACUUGCUCGCAGUGGACAAACAGUGGCACAUGCGCUGUCUCAAGUGCUGCGAGUGUAAACUCAACCUGGAGUCCGAGCUCACAUGCUUCAGUAAAGACGGAAGUAUCUACUGCAAGGAAGAUUAUUACAGAAGGUUUUCGGUCCAGAGAUGUGCCCGAUGCCACCUCGGGAUCUCGGCCUCAGAGAUGGUGAUGCGGGCCAGGGACUUGGUGUACCACUUGAACUGUUUCACCUGCACAUCCUGCAACAAGAUGCUAACGACUGGGGACCACUUUGGCAUGAAAGACAGUCUGGUGUACUGUCGGCUGCACUUUGAAAAUCUCAUACAGGGGGAAUAUCAGACACAUUUCAAUCAUGCGGAUGUAGACUCUCACAAAGGACUGGGACCUGCCAACGCAUUGGGACUAUCCUAUUUCAACGGCGUGGGGAGUGUGCAUAAAGGGCGGCCCAGGAAAAGGAAAAGUCUCGGGCCAGGAGCAGACUUAGCAGCCUACAAUGCCGCACUCAGCUGUAAUGAGAAUGACGGUGACUCUAUGGACAGGGACUCUUACAGCUCCAGUCAGAAGACCAAGCGCAUGCGGACCUCCUUCAAACACCACCAGCUGAGGACCAUGAAGUCCUACUUUGCCAUUAACCACAACCCAGAUGCCAAGGACCUGAAGCAGCUGGCCCAGAAGACUGGCCUCACCAAGCGUGUCCUACAGAUAGGAAAUGUGAGGAGUGGGAGUAAUAAAAACAGAUCUACUGCUUAUUAUUGGGAGCGGGGAUCACAACAGAGAGCGCUUGAUUUCCACAAAGACGACAGCAAAUUAUCUAGGCGACUGAAGAAAAAAAUGAGACAAAAAGGUCUGGUUCCAGAACGCUCGGGCCAAAUUCCGGCGGAACCUGCUGAGACAGGAAAACACGGGCGUGGACAAGACCUCAGACGGCUCCACCCUGCAGGGGGGCACACCCUCCGGACCCGCCUCCGAUAUCUCCAACUCCUCCAUGAGCCCCUCCAGCACCCCCACCGCCCUGGCAGACCUGACCAACCCCACCUCUGUGUUAACCUCUGUCUCUGGCAGCAUGGACGUCCACGAGUGCAGGAGCCCGUCGCAGACCACCCUGACCAGCCUGUUCUGAUGCCCCCUUACAGACUGACCCCUUCAGCUUCAUCUGAUGCCCCCGACCCUUUAAACACCCUCACCAGCCUUCAGCUUCAACUGAUGCCCCCGACCCUUUAAACACCCUCACCUGAC